UAUUACACUUAACGAAAAUGCUUUGCAAAAAAGUGAUUAAUUGAAAAUUCUUACUACCCUAAUCCCUUUAGUGGGUUUGUCUUCUCCUUGGCACUGUAAAGAAAAUGUCUUUCCAUUUACUCUUUUCCUGGACAUCCACAAAGAUUUCAAAACCAAAAUCAGCCAAUACUAGGUUCAGCCGUUCAACACUUUUACCGAGACUAACGAGCAGCAAUUAAUUUAUAUAUUUAUGAAUAUCUUACUAAGAGAUAUAUACAAGUAUGUAUAUUGGUGCCUUAUUUUGAGCUUUAAUUGCUGCUUCUAGUGAACUGAGUUUUUACUACCAGAUACGAUUAAAUCGUAAUAAUCUUUGCAUUUCUAUAUCUUUAUAUAUAUAUACACACAUAUGUAUAAGCUUUGAAUACUGAGUCAAGUUCAAGUUGAGAUACUGAGAUGAGAUACUGCAGACGUUAACUUGAGUGGCAAUGGGCAUUUUCAUGUAGAUUCACAAGUUGGUACGUCUCUGAUGCAAGCUUAAAAGAGAGCAUGCCUUCAUAUCCAUUUGCAUAUUUGAAUGAAGCAUAUUAAAAUGCGUAAAGAAUACGUCUCCUAACUUGUUUCUAUAUUUCCAGUUGACUCGGCAGUUAAAGCUCGCUUGAGUGUCUUUUCAAGUUGCUCUUUAAACUCGCUGAGCAGAAUGUUACUUAUACACAGUGGAGCACUGAGCAGCAAAGCAGUCGGGCAAGGCUUAUGGAAGUGUGAAGAUUUUAAGACAACCUGCAAGUAUUAUAUUGAGCAACAACAAAAUGUUGUUUUCACAUAGUUGUUGCCUUCACGCAGUGGUGCUAAUAUUAACCGUUCCGGCCUACGGCGCACCCACAGAGCAGCAGAAAGUGGUAGCCAGCAGCAGACAACGGCUCAAGCGUCAAAUUUUCUCCAACUUCGGUGGCGACAAUACUUUCUUCACACCAAUGGACUUUAAUUUUCGACCGAACUCUUUUGUGCGUCCGCAGUGGGGACGCCCCGGUCCAGGCGAACCGCUGAUAUUUAGCAAUGAUAGGGGGCAAACACUCACCAGCACAACAACUACAAUACCAUCACCAUCACCAUCUAACGGUCAACAGGCAAACAACAAUGCUGCGCCAAAUGUCGUUUUCAUAAACAAUCAACCCAUGGUUGCAACCAUAGCACCGUUUACAGCGCGGACGACGUCUUCGCCCCAAUUCUUGAAUUGUUUUGGCAGCUGCCUCACCACCUCCGAGUACAAUCCGGUUUGUGCGAGCAAUCAGCAGCAAUAUCAGAAUCCGCAGAAGUUCGAUUGUGCACGACAAUGCGGGGCAGAUAUCCAAAUAGUGCGGCGCGGCGCCUGCGAGGGUCUUUUCCCAAUGCAACGUGGGUAGCUACAUUAUUGAAGAUACGUAUACGUUUUAUAUAUGGUACUUUGGAAACUACCGAACUGAUUUGCUGUACAAUUGCUCUCUCUCUCUAACUAUUUACAGAGUGAUAGCUAUUUAGUUGAUAAUAAUUUGUUUUAAAUAUUCAGUGUUCUUGUUCUAUUCGCCAACAGUCAAUAAAUAUGGUGAUACCUGUUUUUUAUAUUUUUUGCGUCAAAAAGUAAA